AUGCUGACUGUGGGAGCGAUCUUGCGAGCCAUGGGAAAGAGAGACGAGGCAAGGGAGGCGUUCGAGCGAGCGAGACAUUCGUCCUUGGAGAAGGCAGACUUCGAGAGGCUCGAGGAGGCCUGGAUGGGAUUGUCCAGCAUAGCAAGAGAUGCUGGCGACAGAGGCCCAGGACAGCUGGAGGAGACGGGCGUGCUCGAAUGCUUCAAGUGCGGGAGGCUGUGGGCGAACUUUGGCAUCUUCAAGAAGAGCAGCAUGAAGAUCGAGGAUAGCAUCCGAAGCUUCCGGCUGGCGAUGAGACUCGGGCAACGAGACUCCAACGUUUACAGGUGCCAAGAGGUCUUGGCUGACCUGGGUCAACUCGCAGACGAAGGCUGUGGGCCGCAGGCCGUCAAGACAUUCUUGAGGGGAGCAGAGAUAGCAAAGUCAAAGAUGCCGCCAGGAGUCCUCGACGCGCAGGUUGAGCUCAUGCGACAAGAUCGUGCAAACGCCGCACGAGACGGCGGGAAGGUCCUCGUCGUGGGCUGCUUCAUUCAGGGGAACACGCCCACGGGGAGGUGGGACGGAAGCGCUCUCGACUCGGGGAUCGGAGGCUCGGAGCAGGCCGUUAUCCACCUCUCCGCCCGCCUGCAAGCGAGGGGUUGGCAGGUGGAGAUCUACGGGAGGCCCGUGAGGAGCGGGAGGGCGAGGGAUGGGACCCUCUGGCUCCCCUGGGAUUAUGCCUCGCCGAUGCUCAUGGCCAAGUCAGCGAGCAAGCGCUUCAUCUGGCUGCACGACACAGUUCAGGAGCAAGCUGGCUAUGAUCACCUCAUGAAGCAAGUGGAUGGUGUCUUGGUGCUGUCUGACUUCCACGCGAGUUUGCUGCCGGAUCGUCUCAAGAGGAAGGCGAUCAUCACGCAGAACGGGGUUGACGAGGACAUGUUCACUGACGGGCCAAACCUCUCCGAACAUUUCAUUUACGCGUCGAUGCCGUCAAGAGGUCUCCUGCACGUGCUGAAGGCCUGGACUACCAUCAGGAGGUGCCUGGGAGAGGUAGGGAAGAACGCGACCCUGAGCGUGCUCUACGGCUUCACCCAGCACGACCAUCAGCUUGCAUCGAAGGAUCCGGUCUACAAGGAAUGGAUGGCGCACGUGUCGGGGGCGAUGGAGAAGAUGAAGGACGAGGGAGUGAACUACUACGGGAUGGUCUCGCACUCGUCCCUGGCUCACUUGCUGUCUCAAGCUGGCUUCUACCUCUACCCGACAGUCUUCCCCGAAACCUCCUGCAUCGCCCUCAUGAAAGCUCAGUUGACCAGCAACCGUCUCCUCUCGCAGAUCGCCGGCGCCAUCCCCAUCACCAGCCGCUUCGAGGGCUCUGCGAUCCCCGAGACGGCAGGGCUCUUUGACUUGGGACAGCAUCCGGUGGGUUUAGUCAACGGAACGGGAAGCAUCUCACUGGACUGGCUGAAACGCUGGACAAAAACGGUCUGCGAAGCCGCUGGAGCAUCUGGAGAAGCGAGGGUGAGGAGUAUGCUGGAGAGGAAGACUGGUCAGGUCGGCAUGACGCUGGAGGGGUACAGGAGGAGUAUGAAAGAAUGGGCGAGACAUCGCUUCAGCUGGAACAAGGUUGCCAGUGAAUGGGAUGAUAUCCUCAAGAAUUUUCGGAAUUGA